AUGAAAGAGGUAUUGACCAGUUGCUAUGAAUACAAAAUCCCGGCAAUAGUAUUAUUCAUAGAUUUUAAAAAGGCGUACGACUCUGAUAAGAGAGAAAAAAUUGCGGAAGUUAUGGAAAAAUUUGAAAUACCUACGAAGCUAAAGAAACUAGUGGCGAUGACAUUGAAGCAUGGGACCUGCAACAUGGAAUCGAGAUCUAAGAGGAUCCUUGAACUUGCAAUGGCAACCGAGAAUUCGAACAUUCCCGUUCUAAUGACUAGUACAGAUAAUGGCACAACAUUAAACAUACAAAAUGGAACUUCAAACAUAGAGGACUCAUUGUUAACAGAAGAAAAAGUUGACUUAUCAGUUCCCAAUCGUAGUCCUUGUGAUUCGACUAGCAGUAGUUCCUCUAGUAACUCGUCAACCAGCUCAUCAAGCUCUUUCAGUGAAGAUAGCGACGACUCCGUAAAAGACCCAGACUAUAAAGAUGUAGAACUAAGACAUCGUAAUCGAAGAAAUGCUUCAUGUUCUGACGAAGAAGAUUUACCUGUUAGCACAAGAAAUCAAGACAAUAUUUUAUGUGAAAGUGUGAAUCUGCUACCUAGGGAAGACCAUGAAAUGAUACUUAAUAACCUUAAACCAAUACAAAGUGAACCGUCUGAUAAGGAAAAUAUAAGCGCCUCUCAACAGAAGUUAACAAAUCUAGAUUGUAGUCCAAAUAAAAUAGGAAAGAAAAGGCGAAGACAAGAAGAUAAUUGGCAAAAAAACGUAGUAAAGAAACUGAGAAAUUGUGGAAAAUCUUACCAAACACUAAAGGCAAAUAAAACCAUUCCAGAACGUACAUUGAAACCACCUUGCAGAGAAAAUUGUGCUUUCAAAUGUCAGUCAAAUAUCACAGAGGAGCGACGUUUGCAAUUAUUUAAAGAAUACUGGGAUUUAGGAAACAUCGAAAAACAGUGGUCAUUUAUCGCAAACAGUGUUGAAGCAGUCGUUCCAAAAUAUCGUUACGUUAAAAUGGAUGCCGAUGGGAACGUUGCACCUUCUCGUGACAAUAACAACGCUUUCUUUUUAACUGUUGCAGGUGUAAAGACUAGAGUGUGUAAACUGUUUUUUAAAAAUACUCUAUCAAUUAAUAACCGACCCAUUGAGACGGCCUUAAAGAAGAAAAAUAGAGACAGCAACAUUUCAGCAAUGAAAGAUAAUCGAGGACGUCAUGAAAAUAGAUAUAAGAUAGAUGAAAGCAUUAAAAAUGGCGUUAAAACAUUUAUAGAAUCAAUACCGAAAAUUGAAUCUCAUUACAUAAGAGCCAACUCAAAAAGACAUUACAUUGAUGGCAGCAAAGCAAUUACCGACUUACACAGAGACUAUGUUACAAAGUGUAAAUCACUAAAUGUACCUUUUGCCACAUAUUUGAUGUUCUACCGUAUAUUUACUCAAGAUUUCAACAUAUCAUUUUUUGUUCCCAAAAAAGACUUGUGUGAUGUGUGUGAAGGUUAUAAAAAUAGCACCGAGGAAGAGAAACAACAAAUAAAAGAGAAAUACGAAACACAUCAAAGUGAAAAAGUUCUCUCACGUAUAGAGAAAGAGAAUGAUAAAAAAGACAAUACAAUUCUGGUCGCAGUGUAUGACUUGCAAGCAGUGUUUCAAUGCCCCAAAGGGGACAUCUCGGUCUUCUACUAUAAAUCAAAAUUGAAUAUUUUUAAUUUAACCAUAUACAACAUUCAGAAUAACUGUGUUGAAAGCUAUGUUUGGGAUGAGUCAAACGCCCAUAGAGGUGUGAAUGAAAUCGGUACAUGUGUUUACAAGUAUCUUAAGAAAGUUUCAGAAACAGCCAACAAUUUGGACGUUGUGUUCUAUUCUGAUAAUUGUGCAGGCCAGCAAAAAAAUAAAUUUAUGAUCUGUAUGUAUUUAUACGCAGUAAAAACAAUUGAAAAUCUUAACUCAGUAACGCAUAAAUAUUUGAUAAAGGGGCACACCCAAAACGAGGGAGAUUCUGCUCAUUCUCAAAUUGAGAGAGAAAUUAAACGUCAAUUAAGAUCCGGCCCUAUGUAUACACCUGACGCAUUUAUUGGUGCCAUAAAGGCUGCAAGGAAGAAAAGCGAGCCCUUCCAUGUUAAUGAAAUGUGUUUCGCCGAUUUUUUGGACUUGAAGAGCUUAUGCAAUCAAAUGAACUUUUCUUUACUGAAAGAUGAAAAUAAUGAGACAGUAAAACUAGCAGGUUUAAAGGUGAUUCAACUUAAAAAAAGCGAACCCGAUACUAUGUUUUUUAAAAAUUCAUACGCUGACAAACAAUUUAAGAAAGCUACAGUUAUUAAUAAAAAGAAAAAGAGCAACAAUUUGGAAUUGAGAGAUGCAUACAGCGCAAAACUAGGUAUUCCCGAUAAGAAAAAAGCGGAUCUCAUGGAUUUGGUUAAUAAAAACCUAAUUCCGAGAUAUCACAGGCCAUUUUAUGAAUCAUUGUAGUUUAAAUGUCACGUGUUUUAGUGUCAUGUUUUAAUCAUGUCACGUCUUUUUGCUUGUUUUGACAAUAUUUUGAGUGUUACAUUUUUGUAAUUUAAUGAAAUUUGUUCGUUUAGAAUUUAAGCUUUUACGCAAUAUUAAAUAAUUUUAAGAAAUAGUUUUAA